AUGUCCGCCGAGCCCGAUCGUGAGCCGCUGCUCGCUCUGGACGUCAUCGAUGUGGACAUUCUCCCCGUCGUGGCGCGCGUGUCGGCCUCUCCCACUCUCCUCUUUGCGCUCCGCCGCGUCUGCAAGUUGUGGCGCGAUGCAGUCGAUGGAAUUGACAGGACGAGCAGCGUUUGGCAGGAGCUGCUGUCGGCGUUCGGCGUGCAGGGGCGGCUGCCGCCCGAAGCGGAUAAGAAGGCAGCCUUCGUGAUGCUGCUGUGCGAGCCUCGAAAGCUCCUCCGCCGCUGCUCGGUGCAUGUCACCGCGGCGCCCCGCGUCGCGCGCCUGGACGAUCUGCCGCGCGAAGAGCUCGCCGAGCUCGCCGCACGCAUGUGCCAAACGAGCGCGGACGCGCUCGCUCUCGCCGACACUACCCUCUCUGGCGUGGAUGCGGAGGGCGAGGCGGCAGCUGAGACGGGCAGCGCAGGCGCGGGCGUGUCAUGA